AUGACACGAACGGACCCACCUGACAUCCUGGUGUCUACGGUGUACCAAGACAUAAAGGUGGCCACCGCAGCCCCCGGGGAUUCUAUCGUCUGCCAGCCUGUGGCACGAUGUGAUGCCUCCAUGUCCUCGCCCAUGCCCCGCGAGCCGCAGCCCUUCAACAAGCGCCAUUGCAGGAGCUUUGACUUCAUUGAGUCGCUGGACGAGCAGCUGGGCACCCCCCCGGCCAUGGAGCGCUCCUGCCCACGCCCCAGCACCCCUGAGCCCACGCCGGGGCUGCCGGGCAGGAGGGCACCGCCAAAGCCGGACCCUCAGGCCGGCAAAGCGCCCCCGCCCCGUAGCGAGCCGAAGCGCCGUGCCCGCUCCAAGAGCGCGCCGCGAGUGAAGUCCACCUUCACCGCGGUGCCCAUCGCCGUCUCGGCGUCGCCGCCGGCCCGGCGCGGGCGGGAGGCGCUGCGGGUGGCACGGGAGCCCUCCCGCGCCGAGCGCUCGCCGCGCCGGGAGAAUCAAGCGCCGCUGCGGGCGCUGGCUAACGAGGUGCACCCCAUCAAGCUGCAGCCGCAGCGCAGCAGCGGCAGCCGCAUCUCCCCGCUCUGUGUGGGCAGCAACUGCUUCGAGGAGGGGCCGGGGGUCAAGGUGGGCGCCAGCCCCCACGUCAAGUGCCGGGUGGACAUCAAGCCGGACGAGGCGGUGCUGGUGCAUGCGGCGCGCAGCAUGCGGGCGGCCCAGGCCCGGCAGGAAGCGCCACGCGUCCUCCGUGCCCCCGGGACUGCCCGCAGCCUGACCGUGCCCGGGAGCAGGCAGGCCUCCAUGUCCCGCACGCCCACCCCCAGCGACUCCUACAGCGGGGAGCCCUCGCUCCUGCCUUACCCUGGUGAGUACUACGAGGCGGACCCCCGGGCACUGGCGUACCAGACGGUGCCGGUGCCAGCCUCACGGGAAUUCAGAGAGUACCCGGAGAGGGGCUGCAUGACCUUCUCAGCCCCUGGCGUCCCUGCCAAGUUCUACUACGCAGAGGAGCCGGGACGCUGCCCCAGCCCUGCUAUGCCCCUCCGCAGCCCUGGCUAUGCCAGCUACCCCUACCCCAUCCGCCACAGCGUCCCCCAACACUAUUACGCCGAGGACCCAGCCAAAGCUGCCAUCCACACAAUGCCACCACGGACACUGUACGUGGAGGAGACCCGCAGCUACCCGGUACAGGAGGCACCUGCCCGCGCCUUCUACGGGGAGGAGCCCCGCUUUUACCACCCCCGCAGUACCCCUGUCAAAACCCUCUACGCCGAGGAUGCCCGGACGUACCCGGCCCUCGGUUCCUCUGCCAGGGUCUUCUACGGCGAGGACUAUGGGAAGUACCGGGAGCGGGAGGUGCUGUCGCGGACGUGCCCCCCGCCCCGCAACACGCAGCCCUUGCACUUCAGCGACUGGUACUGCCCCGAGCGGAGCACGCUGCCCUACCAGAGCCUGCAAGUGUCACGCAUGGCCCCGCAGCCGGCCGCACGUGAGGCCAUGUUCUCCUCCUGGCACACCAGCUACGGCGUGACCCCGCCACGGCUGGCCCGGGAGAGCCAGCACUACUCCAAAUCCUGGGAUAAUAUCCUGGCGCCAGCAGCACGCAGGGAGGAGGUCCUGCAGCGCGGGCGCAGCUACGAGAACCUACUGGCCCAGGAGCAGCACCGUGCCUUAUCCCCCGAGGAGCGGCGGCAGCCGGUGGUGAUCAACCUGUCAAGCUCCCCCAAGCGCUACGCUGCCCUGUCCCUCUCAGAGAGCUCCAUCCUCGAGAGGGUGCACGCCGACGGUGGCCGCGGUUCCCUGGGCCGCUCCUGGUACGUCACGCCGGAGAUCACCAUCACCGACAACGACAUCCGCGCCGACGGGCUGGGCAGGAGCGAGAGGCGGUCGGCCAGCUGGGACAUGCUGGACACGGGGCGGGAGCGCGGUCCCUACACCGUGCCCUGCGCCCCGCAGCCCGUGCUCAGGGAGAGCGGCUCAGGGCGCCAGCGCAGCCUGGAGCAGCUGGAUGAGCUCAUCACCGACCUCGUCAUUGACUACAAGCCGGCGCCAGGCCACCGCGCCGGGGACAGGGACAGCCUUGCUGAGCAGCUCAAGCAGCUCCUGAGCAGCAACACCUCAGGACCGCCCCGGCAGGGCGAGGGCAGGAGGGUGCCGCUCAGAGUGCACGAAGGAUCCCGGCCCACGAAGGAGCAGCCAGCUCCCAGCUCUCGUGCCACCACCCCGCGCUCCGUGCCCGCCCCGCUCUCCGUCAGCCCCUUCGAGAAGUCUCCGGAGAACUGCUCGCCCGAGCUGAGCGCGGAGGAGGACGACAUGAUGAUGUGCUCCAACGCCAAGUGCCGGCGCACAGAGACCAUGUUCAAUGCCUGCCUCUACUUCAAGUCGUGCCACAGCUGCUACACCUACUACUGCUCGCGGCACUGCCGCCGCGAGGACUGGGACACGCACAAGGCAAGCUGUGUCUAUGGGCGUGUGGGCAGCGUCUGCCGCCACGUGCUGCAGUUCUGCCGUGAGGACGCCGAGGUGCACAAGGCCUUCUCGCGCAUCGCCAAGGUCGGAUACCUCUCCCGUGGUCGCGGCGUCCUCUUCCUGGGCUUCCCCAAUGCCGGCUCGGCUGAAAACUUCCUCCAGUUCGGGCUGGAGAGCCUGCUGAUGUCCCCCACUUACCUGUCCCUGCGGGAGCUGGAGAGCUACUCAGACAACCUGGGGGACUAUGCCCGUGAGCUGCGGGAGACAGGCAACCAGUAUGACCCCAACGAAUGUUUCCUCCUGAAUGUAACUGUGGCCGUCACCCAGAAAGUGCCGGACAGGCCCUCGCCGAAGAUGCAGGUGCCGACGGUCAGGAAAUAUGCCAAGGUGGCCUUAGCCUCCUCCAGCCCUGAGAAGAAGAUCCUGAAGAAGGAGCGGGACAUGGAGACGCUGAUCCUGACGCCGCCGCCCGGCACAGCAGACAUUGACAAGGAGGGGGAGGAGGGCCGCAAGGCGCGGGAGGUCUGCUUCAUCAACAUCCAGCGGGAGCUGCGCACCCGCGGCGUCUUCCUGCGGCAUGAGUUCCCUGCCGUCUACGAGCAGCUCUGUGACUUCGUGGAAAGCAACAAGCGCUUCACCCCCACCACCAUCUACCCCAUUGACAAGAGGACCGGCAAGCAGUUCAUGUGCAUGAUCAUGGCAGCCUCCGAGCCCCGCACCCUCGACUGGGUGGCCAGCCCCAACCUCCUGGACGACAUCAUGUGA